GUAGAAUUAGAAACUCUGGAAACAGACAUUAUACCAUGAGCAAUAUAUUUCAAUCUUGAAUUCUUGGCUAGGCUAUUAUACCAUCGUCUACCAAAUCUAGGUUUGUUGCCCAACUAAAUCCUUUUCUGAAGCAUCUUAAGAUUCUGAAGGCCAUAAUUUAACAUGCAGACUUUUCUCAUCUGCCAUGUAGCAUUCUGAAUCGUGCAUUGAAUUGAGUUCCCUAGAUUUACAAUAUUUCCUAAUGUUAUGUAUUCUGAGUGACUUGUAAACGGCUAUGCGGAAACAUAUCAUGGUCAGCUCAAAUCUUGGCAUGAUCAAUAAAUCAUGCAAGUUUUUACUUUGUCUCAUUUGAAUUUAGUUUGAGCUCUUUACUAGAAGCUGAACAUGGCAGCAAGUUUUGUUUGAAACAUAGACCACUUCAAACACAUUACUUUUGCUGUGUUAAUGUUACUUGGUCCUGCUAAUGUUACUUAACAUGAACAAAAUAUUCUUCUGGUAUUUGCUUUAGAACAUAAUCACCCGGAAUUGAUUUCUCGUAAAAGAAAAAGGAAACAGGAAACAUCAGAACAAUGUUUGUUCCAUGCUAAAGCUUAAAGCGAAUGAUAGAUUGUGCAAGAUAAUGGUGAAUCAGCAAUUAGAAAUUAUCUGCAGCGAUCACAAGGACACACAAGCAUGGAAUUUCAAGCUUUCCCUAUGAAAGAACUAUGGUUUCUUUGCCAAAUAUUAUAGCUCUUCGAUCAUCCUCUUUUCAUAGCCCCCACUUUUCCCGUGCUUUGACUUUGACAUCUAUGCAUUGACAUUCUCACACUAAUAACUCUACCAUAUAUACCUGUAGGCCACAUCAAAAAAGAUAAUGUUUUGAUUCUUCCGCUCUAUCAACUCUGAGCGUGUUUUGGCAUUCAGGAUAUCAGAAUAGCAGGAAAUAACUGAGAUUUUCCUGCCUGAAAAACUGAGUGUCUAGAACACACGAUGUUCCUUAAGCACCUUGCACAACUUCUCUCUGUUGAUAGAGUGAUGUGAAUGAUGCAUCCAUCUACUUGCUGUAAACAUGGUGUUUUUUGAGAGAAUUUAAGUUGGUAGUAUGAUAAAUUCAUUUGUUACUUCGAUGCUGAACUUUGAAUAAUCGAGAAAUGUCUCAAAUCUGUACACAUUCCUUUAAACAUACGGAAAUAGAACGUAAUUCCUCAACCGUAAGUAUUCUAUUCUGUUCUCGAUGUUUUGCCAGCAUGAUGCACUUAAGAACAGAAUUCCUUCUGAUGUCCUGUACUCACGGAGCUAUGAGGUAAUUAAGUUUCCGUAGUUUUCUCUUUCCUUUUCUGGUGAAAACUGAGAGUAGAACAGUGCAGUUGGCACUUGACACUGAGAGAGCACUCACAAAGUGAAAAAAAGGAACUCAGUGCCUAUAGACAAGCUCUGAGUUCAUUUUUCCCUGUUAUACAUGGAUUUUUUUACGCCUUUUUUUUAAUGAUGCUCCAUCUCACAACUUUGAGAUAUGAACAAUUUAGAAAUCCAAUAGGAAAUAGAAUCAAAGAACAGCAUGUACAUGGACAUAAAAACACCCAAAUUUUAAUUAAAAGGAACAAAGUUAAAGCACAUCAACAAUCAGCAGUACAAAGUAGAAAGCACGGAAGUAGACGUUACUUCAGCAUUUCAAGAGAAACCAGCCAAUGCAAUAAGAAGCAUGCAGAAUACCCCAGUUACUUUAAAAGGCAUAAUUCCUCUGAUAAUGGUGGCCACGACACAAUCUUUCAUGUUGCAACAUUCCCUCUUGCAUUCUGGAAGUUGACUUCUGUCAAGAUCCAAGGCUUUGAUGUGGACUCAAUGUCACAGUGAGUAAUCUCUACCUCUUUUGUUUCAGUGAUUUGGCCUUAGUGGGAACUGAAUUAAGACUUGUACCAAAUCGCAUGCUCAAUCAGAAAAUUUCUUGCCUGGCAAAAUAUCAUAGUAUUUUGGAAGGGUAAAAUAUUAUGGUGUUACAGUGUAAGUAUACUACAUGCAAAUUGCCACUGACAUUGUGUAUUGGAGUAUUGGAGUUAGCCUGUCGAUAUAUAAAGCUAAAUGAAGCGUGAUGUAGAUAACAUUUUAAGAAGAAUAUUAUUUUACUGUUCUCAUAUCUUCUGUAACUCUAUACUUUUUUUAGAAACGACAAAUCUGAUAUUUUGUAUGUGUGUCUUUUCGAGAAUGUUUUUUUUUACUUUAUAGAAACUUCACUUUUCAUAGGGGCAAGGAUGUGGCACUGGCAUGUGCAAGAAGAAGCGGAAAAAAUGUGCAAUAGGGAAGAAUAUGCAGGCUUCUGGUACUCUUAAGGCGCAGCACAAUCAUAGACUACAAGGUUGCUGAUGAACCUGUCUCUAGAAAUAGCUUCAUGUAGCUUGAUGUAGCCCCAAAUUUCUCAUCUUAGAUAGGAACAAAAAUGGCAUAUAGACCACAUAUUUUAGCUUGAGCUGCCCCCCACAUUGCCCAUCCCAAUCAUUAGAAAAUGAAAAGGGAAGAGCAUAUGAUUCUUGCUGUAUGUAGUGGGUUAGCACACCAGAAAAACCAGAUGCAAACCUUUGCAUCACUCUGGUCUGGUAUGAAAAGGUAAAAUUUCAUUAAGAUCAAUUUAUGCUUGUAUUUUUUUAAUACCAUUUAAAUUUCUGCCGUUGAGAAGGGAUCAACUGCAUUAUAUUUCUGAAAGCAACUCGGCACAUAUUUGCAAAGGUUCUCACCUUUGUUCCCAAGCAAACCUAGAGUAGAAGUUGGUUAUGAAAAAGGAACCUCAAAGGAAAGAACAAGAUUGCUGUUCUCUUCUUCAGCAAUAUUUAUUCCUAUUUUGUCUAAUAUUUACACCUAUUGUAAAACAUUGUAUAAGAAAUUAAGAAUAACUGAUUAUGUCAUUUUAUCACGAGAAUUACUAACGCUUAGAUUCUUUCCAGUAUGAUUUUUUGUAAGCCAUCGAGAGUAAUUAAGAAGCACUAUAUGAUGUGUAUAUACCGACUUCAUUUUAAGCGGUUAUGUUGGUGUACUUCUGUCUUGAGAAUCUGUACCGCCAUGGUUUCAUGGAGGACGCACCACGUUUAUGCUGCAAGUUGACUUGCAUUUGGGCCCGAUUUGGUUCCCUAAUCCAUGCUGAUUUAGUAUCUUGCCACUUGAUAGGCACUUCUAGCAAUAUUACCAUUCUUUAUAGGGGUGUUGUACCCUGACGGCAUACCGAAACCAAGUUGCGGUAUACAAUUCUUUCCGCACCGAAAUUCCACCAUCGGAAAUGAUUUUGCUGAAUUCCAUGGAUAGAUGAUACUUCAGAAAAGAGCUUCUGCAACAAAGCUUCAUGCAUGUCUAGGAAAUAAUUUUGGUUGUGCUUAUUAUUCCUUACCAUUUUGUACAGCUUACCAAGUCGCACCAAUUCAUGGACAUUUGUAUAUUUCGGUUCCUUUGGGACUGCCAAAGAUGCAUCUUAUCAAAACCUGUGUGCUAUAUGCAUCCUUAACCUUUGCAUGAAAUGAUUCUCCUGUCACAAGUCAAGACAGCUGCAGCAAGCACACACGGGCUUCAGUUCGGCUUGCACUAUAAAUACAGCCAAAUGGGGGCUGUGGACUUCAUACUUCAUAUAUGCAUUUGAGAGCACACAAACUAGUACUAGAGCUCCAGAAGCAUCAAUACAUACUACAGAAAUCAUGAGCUAUUAUGGAAGCAGCUCUUCUGGUGGCAGGGGUGGUCGUCGAGUCGAGUACGGGAGGAGCUAUGUGGUGAGGCCAAAGGGACGACACCUAGCCACCAUUGUGUGGCUCCAUGGGCUAGGUGACAAUGGUGCAAGCUGGUCCCAGCUCCUGGAUUCCCUUCCCUUGCCCAAUAUCAAGUGGAUAUGCCCCACAGCAGCAACCCGGCCUGUCACGGCUUUCGGCGGAUUCCCCUGCACUGCAUGGUUUGAUGUCAUGGAUGAUACUUCGGUCGAUGGUCGCGACGACAUAGAAGGGCUGGAUGCUUCAGCUGCACACAUAGCAAAUCUACUGUCAUCCGAGCCGUCUGACGUGAAGCUCGGGAUUGGCGGGUUCAGCAUGGGUGCCUCUGCGGCCCUGCACUCGGCAGCUUGCUAUGCUCAUGGGAAAUUCAGCACUGGUAUCCCCUACCCAAUCACGCUCAGUGCAGUUAUCAGCCUCAGUGGAUGGCUACCUUGCUCAAGGACACUGAGGGGCAAGAUGGAGAGUUCAAGCAUGUCAGCAAGAAGAGCUGCCUCCUUGCCCAUCCUGCUCUGCCAUGGCAGAGCGGAUGAGGUUGUGUCCUACAAGAAUGGUGAGAGAUCGACUGAGUUUCUGCGCUCAUCGGGGUUCUCCUAUCUGACUUUCAAGUCCUACAAUGGGCUGGGACACUACACUAUCCCUGAAGAGAUGGACGAUGUCUGCAAAUGGCUCAGCUCGAGGCUCGGGGUCGACCGGUCCCGCUAAACGGAACACAACUUCCAUGCAAACGCGAUGGGCUUUCCUAAUAGUAGCAUAUAUAGCAGAGUGCAAACUAUAUAUAGAGAGGUGAAUCCUGGUUUGGUAGCAGAGCGUAACAACUAGGUACAUGCACAUCCUCUUUAAUUACAGGGUGCCUUAAUUUUGUUGCAAGUUUGUUCUAGCUAGUAGUAUCUAGUACUGUGCUGAGUUAACUGGUAAACAGCUAAAGACUAAAUAUUGAGUGCUACUAGUGUAUCAGAAUAUGUAAUGUAGUGCUUGUUUUGUACUACCAUAUAUAAUAGGGUAUACUAUCGAGAUUUUUUUGACCAUGUAAUCACAUUCAUACUGUAAAUUGUGCUCCCAUCA